CCCCCUUCACCUGGUGUUGUGAAAUCUUAAAUAAUCCCACUGACGUUUGGGAUUUUCCACCAUGUGGAAACUUUUUUAUAUAAAAGCUGAUCGAGGGCUGAAGCGUCAGUGAGAACAGAAACUGAUCAACAUGAGACGCAUCGUCGCAGCGCUCGCCUUGCUGUGUGUGUGUGAGGCCGUUCGGUUCGGUCAGCUCUGCAGUGGAAACCCAAACAACGGAAGGAGGACAAGUGACAGCUGGGGACAUGGUCACUUCGGAGCCAAACGGGGAACCCGGGAACACAAAGGUUUGGACAUAGCGUGUGAGGACGGCUCAGUCGUCUACGCUCCGUUUGACGUUACACUUGAAGGCCGACUCACCGUCUACACUGACUCCGCUAAGGCCGCCAUCAACAGCGGCAUCAACCUGAGUGGAGGGGGUCUGCGCUUCAAACUGUUCUACGUGAGACCGGACCGCACGUCUGGGACGGUGACAAAGGGUCAGAGGAUCGGCGUCAUGCUGCCCAUGCAGAGCGUUUACCCGGGAAUCACCUCACACGUCCACGUCCAGAUGUACGACAAGAGUGACCCCACACCCUACUUCUAACCCUACCUCUGACCCUACCUCUGACCCUACUCCUGACCCUACCUCUGACCCUACUCCUGACCCUACCUCUGACCCACUAAUGAUGAGAAAAAAACAAUAAAAGAUUAAAAUCAA